AUGACAGAGCGGACCUGCGGCUGGGCGGAGGACCGCUACCCCUCGCCCUCCUCCCGGACCACGCCCUCCGCCCUGACUCCGCCCACUUCCCCGGAGCUAGAGCGCCUGCGCGCGGCGGGUGGUGGCUCUCCGCACCCCCCACCCCACCCCCCGCCCGGCCGGAGGAAAGCCAUUGGCCGCCGUGUGGGCAGCCGUCGCAGCGAUGGCGUCGUUACUUGGGGAGGCGACGCGGGGGCCGCGGAGAGCGAGCGGCUGAACGGCCACUUUUCAAACCUCAUCCACUCCCAGAAGAACCUUCUGGGUAUCAAGAGUGCUACCAUCCCAAACGUAGAUGGUUCUGUUAAUAGGAUUGAAGACGAUGAUGAAGAUGACGUAGUGGAUUUGGCAGCUAAUUCACUCUUAAACAAGUUAAUCCGGCAGUCCUUAGUAGAAUCCAGUCACCUUGAAGUCUUACAAAAGGAUCCCAGCUCUCCACUCUACUCAGUGAAAACAUUUGAAGAGCUGCGGCUCAAGGAAGAGUUACUAAAAGGGAUCUAUGCAAUGGGAUUUAAUAGACCAUCCAAAAUUCAAGAGAUGGCUCUUCCAAUGAUGCUGGCACAUCCACCCCAGAACCUCAUAGCCCAGAGCCAGUCUGGAACAGGAAAGACAGCUGCUUUUGUCUUGGCAAUGCUCAGCAGAGUUAAUGCCUUGAAAUUGUUUCCACAGUGCCUCUGCUUGGCUCCUACUUAUGAACUGGCUCUGCAAACUGGCCGUGUGGUCGAACGGAUGGGGAAAUUCUGUGUGGAUGUUCAAGUGAUGUAUGCCAUUCGAGGAAAUCAAAUUCCCAGAGGCACGGAUGUCACCAAACAGAUUGUAAUUGGCACUCCUGGGACUGUCCUGGAUUGGUGUUUCAAGCGAAAAUUAAUUGAUUUGACUAAGAUUCGUGUGUUUGUCCUGGAUGAAGCUGAUGUGAUGAUCGACACGCAGGGAUUUGCAGACCAAAAGCAUUCGUAUUCAAAGGUAACCUUCACGUCCAUCCUUUUCUUCCUGGAUCUUCUAUCCAGAUAA